GAGCAGGACUUAAAUUUCUCUUCACGCUAAAAGGAAGCUUUGGUGACUCAACCCCCAAGCAAUCUGAAAAAUCAUGGCACCGGAACCCGAAGAUGAGAUCAAGGACGAGAAGAACCCUAGACCUCUCGAUGAGGACGACAUCGCUCUUCUCAAAACCUAUGGUUUAGGACCUUACUCGAAUAGCAUUAAGAAAGUUGAGAAAGAAAUCAAGGAUAUGGCUAAGAAGGUGAACGACUUAUGUGGUAUCAAGGAGUCUGACACUGGCUUAGCUGCACCCAGCCAGUGGGAUCUUGUUUCUGAUAAGCAGAUGAUGCAGGAGGAGCAACCUCUUCAGGUGGCAAGGUGCACCAAGAUAAUCAAUCCUAACUCUGAGGAUGCCAAAUAUGUUAUUAAUGUUAAGCAAAUUGCUAAGUUUGUUGUUGGGCUUGGCGACAAAGUUUCUCCUACUGAUAUCGAAGAAGGCAUGCGUGUGGGGGUUGAUCGGAAUAAAUAUCAGAUUCAAAUUCCCUUGCCUCCAAAAAUUGAUCCAAGUGUGACCAUGAUGACAGUGGAGGAGAAGCCGGAUGUGACAUAUAAUGAUGUCGGGGGUUGCAAGGAGCAAAUUGAAAAGAUGCGAGAAGUUGUUGAGCUACCCAUGCUUCAUCCUGAGAAAUUUGUGAAACUUGGUAUUGAUCCCCCAAAGGGUGUUCUCUGCUAUGGCCCUCCUGGUACAGGUAAAACACUUCUAGCCAGAGCUGUGGCUAAUAGAACUGAUGCAUGUUUCAUCCGUGUUAUUGGAAGUGAGCUUGUUCAGAAAUAUGUUGGUGAGGGAGCUCGAAUGGUUCGUGAGUUGUUUCAGAUGGCACGUUCAAAAAAGGCUUGUAUUGUGUUUUUCGAUGAAGUUGAUGCUAUAGGAGGUGCACGUUUUGAUGAUGGUGUUGGCGGUGAUAAUGAGGUCCAGCGUACAAUGCUUGAAAUUGUGAAUCAACUUGAUGGGUUUGAUGCUCGUGGAAAUAUCAAAGUCCUAAUGGCGACAAACAGGCCUGACACUCUUGAUCCUGCAUUGUUACGACCAGGACGGUUAGAUCGUAAGGUUGAGUUUGGCCUUCCUGACUUGGAGAGACAUGUACCCCAAAUGUAUGGUUAA